AUGCUUUCAAAAUAUGAAUUUUCCAACAUUGAUGAACGACAACAGAAUAUACUUGUUAUUCCGAGUGCCAAAAACUAUAUUAAUCAUAAUCCUGCUACACAAUUGAAAAGAAGAAAAUUUACCCAGCAACAUCUACCAUUUGAAAAAGCAAGCCCAUUAACUCAGACCAUCUUCAACUGCCGAAAACUAUCGCAAAAACAAGGCGCACACUCUAACAUAGCAAUGCAAGCAGCAGGAUUUCGUUACACAGGUGUAGAAGACACUGCUCGCUGCGAUACCUGCGGCCUGGAAGUAUCUAAUUGGACAUUGGAUAUGAAACCCUUCAGUAUCCAUACUCAACAGAGCCCAGAAUGUGCUUUUGUCCGUUCACUAGUGGUUGCCGUUUCUGUCAAUACGUUCUCUAACACCACACUCUCAAUAAUGAACAAACUUGCAGAUGAUCAUGAAAAACCUUCAAAGAGACAGAAACUCGAAACAGAUCGAGAGUAUUUACCAACGCCCGUUCUCGUUGAAGUGGAUAAACUGAAACGGUUACGAAAAAGAACAUUCUCACAUUGGUCUCAGCGAAUGGCUCCAUCAAGUGUGAAAAUGGCGAAAGCAGGCUUCUUUAGUUGUAAUGUUGGUGAUCGAGUGAUAUGCUUGUAUUGUAACCUUAUUUGUCAAAAUUGGAAUUCUGAGACUGACGAUCCAUGUGCUAUACACAAAGCAUUAUCACCACGAUGCCCGUAUGUAAUUGCAAUGACAAACCGCCAAGAUAUAGCCUCGAUAUUGAUUCUUAAUGGGCUUUCUACAAAUACGAAUAUCGUAGAACCGAUUUGUUGCGAUGAAAUAGUGCACGCAACUCCAUGCCACACUGAAUAUAUGGGGAUUCCUCGUCGACAAGUAUCAUUUGAGACAUGGCCAAACGAAAAUCUUCCGCUCGUCGAUGAAUUAGUACGAGCAGGUUUCUUCUAUACAGGCUCCGAUACAACCGUCACCUGUUUCUACUGCGGUGGGUCAUUGCAAAACUGGAGCUCAACAGAUAACCCAACGGUUGAACACGCGCGUUGGUUUCCAAACUGUGCCUAUAUUAAACAAUUAUGUGGACCAGACCUAUAUCGAAAGGUUCAAGAGCUAAAAAAAGCUCAAGAAGAUGAACAUAAACCUGACGGUCAACAAGUAGGUCGAGGACUAUUAAAUGUAACAGAUGAAAGUUUACUCUCACGACUUGUUGCUGCUCGGCUUGAUUUGACAGUUUCCCAGCGGCUACUCGAUGAAAACUAUCGAAUCUCUAUAAUCAAACGCUGUUGGGAAGAUCAAUUGAGACUUAAGCGUGAUGAUUUUCUUGAUGAUUGUGAACUUUAUUUGAGCUGCGUUAUUUUGGAUAAGCAAAUACGUAUUAUCGAUGGUAGGAAAGAAAACAUUACUAUCCCGUAUCAAGCAAUGAAGGAACUUCGUGAAAAAGAACAGCAAAGAACUUCUGCCCGCGUGGAAGGUGCGAGUACGUCGACACCAUCAGAAUCGAAUGUUAAUGAUGCGGAUGUCUCCGAAUCACGAAAUAUGGAUAUGGAAAAUUCUACUUCAAAAGUAUCUGUAUUACCUAUUAAAAUAGAAAAGCAGACAGAAAACUUGCAACUGUCUAAUCCAUGCGUUCGUGUUUAUCUUGCGGCAACUCUCUCCGAGCAUGCACCAAUCCCAAUUCCAAACAAUCCGACUCCGAUUCCGAUUCUAGAAUCGAAUGGAAUUGGUUGGAAUCGGAAUCGAAUUGAUUCGAAACUGACAUGUGAUAGUUAA